GAAGAGUCCUUAUUAUCGAGUGACUCCAACGAACCACGGAACGAAUAGUUUCCGUCGAAAAUUGAAAGACAACAAAAGCCAUUUCGCAAGUUGGAGAUAAUUUGUUUACGUCAAUGUGCCUCGUUUCAUGGUUCUUCAUACGUAAAACCUGAUUGCCUAAAAUAAUCUUAUACAAUGCCAAGCAAGAAAAAAAAAUACAAUGCCCGUUUUCCAGCUGGUCGCAUAAAAAAGAUCAUGCAAACUGACGAAGAAGUAGGAAAAGUUGCUCAAGCUGUACCAGUCAUAAUCUCUAGAACUUUAGAGCUGUUCGUCGAGUCAUUGUUAACAAAAACGAUGCAAAUUACCAGUGCCAAAAAUGCCAAAACUCUCAGUCCGUCUCAUAUGAAACAGUGUAUUCUCUCCGAAAGUCGAUUCGAUUUUUUGAAAGACUUGGUUAAGGGGCUCCCUGAUGUAACCUGUCCCGAUGACGACGUGCCUACUCCACCACUCACCCCUGCGCCUCAACCUGCUCAUGGGCAGACAUUUCCGGUGGUCCACCCACCUGCAAUGCGUUCAGAUACAACUAGUUCCCACAGAAUGCCGACGGACUUAUCAUCAACAGCAAACAUUGGAGUAAGCCGUCAAAACUCAGGAGAAAAACGAGGAAUUGGGUUUUCUGCAAUGACUAUAUCAAGCGAGACCACUCAAGUUAAUGCACCGGUCUCUCAUUAUCAGACAGCGUUUCCUACACCAUUCAAUGUUAGUCAACCAAACUUUUACACAGAGGUCAACCCGAUUAACUUGUCUACAAGUUCAACCAACGUAAAUGCAACAAUUAAGCCCUCAUCAAACUAUAGCAAUACUCCCAAUAUUGAUGAAGACUAUGACACGUAGUUAUCUUCCUCAUCGACAAUUAUAGUAGGGAGAGAAUUGAAGCCGUGCCGAUGCUUAAUACUAUGACAGGCUGUCAUUUACUUGUAAGUUGAACAAGGCCUAAUUGUGAUAAAUAAUUUAUGUUGCUAGCCUAUUGGUACGAGUGGAACAAACCUAGAAAAUUUCAGUUUCUCAAAUUUGGGAAAGCUACACACGUCCAAUAGUUUUGAAAAACAGGAACCAUUUGUGUGUGCUUGCUUUUGAUAUUCUAUUCUCUGCCAAUUUAAUAACGACAUUACGACAUUGAAUAAUAUUUUGAUCAUUCAUAACGUAUGUUAGUGACUACUCAUGACUGAAGGCGUUAAUAAUUGUAAUAUAUAUAACGUCGGACCUUGGCUUUGUCACCAAAACCAUUAUUUCAAGGAAAUAACAAAGAAACUACAUGUGAGUGAUAAAGGUAUGUACCGAUCAGUUACGUUCUAUGCUAUUUUUUUUUAUACUAUUGAGAUUUAUGGAAAUCGUAAUGGAGUUGUAAUUUGAAUUAUCCAAGUAUCAAAGUGUGUCCAUAAGUAUUUCAUUGUAAAUAUCUCUACGAUCUUUGUUUAUUUUAACGUGAGUUUCUAACACCUUCAUGUACCUUCUCUAGCCAUAGCUUAUGGCACGCAUAGCCCAGUAGUAGCCCGUUAAAUAAACUAAUCUAUUUCGUGAUUGAGUAGAUUCAAGAAGCUCAAGAUUGAUUCAUACAUCAAUGGCCAUAGUUUUGAAAAAAUUUUAAUUUUCACGUAAUUGCUAAAUCGCCACCUCUUUCUUGUGCUGUUGAUUAGUUUAUCAGCCAAAUUGCACAAGUACAAGACUCAAUUCCAGCCUGUAUAUUUAUAUAGAAUGUAAAUAAUUUAUUGGGCUUUAUCUUUCUUUGUAGCAGUUAUCGUCGUACAAAGUAGAAUGCAGCUGUCAGUACUUGUUGGAUGUGGAGGAUCAAUCCCAGAUAUUAGAUGUAAAAUAAUUUCCUCGUUGAUAAUGAAUGGUGCAUUCAUAUAUUCUUCCAGGCGAGGCAGGAUAAACACGAUACCUCUCCAAACGUCUACAGGUUCACACAUUUUGUGAGUCCGUUGAUUAUCUACAUCCAACAAAUGUUGCAUUUAACGAAUUGAGCAAUAAGAAUUUUUUUUUCUAUAACUAUAGGUAUUUAGAUAUAAAUAAACAUUCAUUGUUCGAAAAAUGAUCGACUGCGUUCAGUGAAUUUUAGGUCUGUAUAAGAAAGGUUGAAACUUUCUGCACUAGGUAGUUUUUAGCCACUACUAUUUAGUAUAUAUCCGCUAUGCGUCAGUUGCGAAAUAAAUAUAAUGGUACUGAGAGAAAGUGAUUCAUUGUCAAUCUAAAAUCACGAUUAGGAGGUACAUUUUUUAGAUGUAUUAAUAGUAGUCGAUGACCAAUAUGACGUAAGAUCCACGCAGCAGCAUAAUCUCAUGUAACAGUAAGAAAAAUUCAUUAUUUAUGCAUUGAAAAAAAGUGUGACUCGACUGCGGUUGAAAAUUCUUUGAAAAGUGAAAUGGCAAAAAAAUAAAAAAAGAGGCGGAUCGAAUAAAACGAGACGAGUACAAAAAAUGUAAAAAUAUUUAAAAUUAUUGCAUCAUAAUAAUGCACGUCUACACAGAUAAUCUUAACUCUAAUGUACAAUUAAAAGUUACAAUAAAUAUUUACAAGCUAUUAUAAAAUAA